AUCUUCUACGGCUGCUUGGCCGGGGGCCUGAUCCUGGCUUACACGCGCUCCCGCAAGCUGGAGUCGAAGCACGACCCUUACCAUCUUUACAUCGAGCGCGACUGGGCGGCUGGCGGCGCGGGCAGCCCCGGGGGCGGCCGAGGGAACACCCCGCCGGGGGCGGCGGCCACAGAGUUCCGCGACUCCAGCUUCGAGGAGCGAGAGCGAAGGAGCAGCGGAGACAGCCAGCCUCUCUAGGGGAGGAAGGGGAGAUCCCCGACCCCCGGAUCUUGACGCCUCCCGGAGCCAAAGCGCAACCUUCCAAGGCGCUUCCCGGAGCUGCCCCACUCGCCCGGUGGGUCCCAAACCGAGCAGAGCCGGACGAGCGAUCGCCCUAACUGUGCAAGCUUCGGGAUGCAAC